CAGCAGCUCGUUUGUGCUCAGAGCAGCAGCAUUACUCCUAGUUCAUUUUCAUAAACAUUGGGUGUCAGCCCCAACGGAGAGCUGAUCUUUUGGAGCCUGUUGAUGCUGAAGUGUUUGUACUCGUAGUAGAUGAGCUGCUGCCAGAAGCCGUUGUUAGGUUGUAAGAUGGGAUGGCAGGGCUCAAUCCAGGCGUGGGUGCCAGCCAGGGAUGUGGAGUUGUUCUUCUGGAGAUCGGCCAAGCAGAUGGUGGGGACCUGCUCACCCCAGCAGCACAGGGCAGCAGCGUCAGAUCCCACGUGUCCCCACCCGUGGAUCGUAGCUGCCAUGGAGUCAAAACAGCUGGAGAUGCGGGUGGUGGGGCCAUCCAUCACAGGGACAUGCAGGUACCUGACGUCGGGACAGAGGGUGUUCGCCACCUCCAGGGAGAUGUUGAUGAUGGUGCUGAUGCAGUGGGUGAAGAGCAGGAGGUGGCUGUUUGUGGCCACCACGUCACCGGGGUAGAGGUUGGAGGUGAUCCGGGGUGCUGGGGCAAGACCAGGAGGGCUCCCACAGCCGCCACCAUUGAGGUGUGCUGGUUGUGUCUAGAAAUGCAUGUAGAAAUACACUCAGCCCUGUCCCCCACCAUGUCCUGGCCUACUGGGCCCCACUGCCCGGCAACCCUGGCAGGGGGAGGAGUGGCCAUGCCCCCCCAUGGCAACCGCCACCACGCACAGCGGCAGGUGGCCACGGGGCCAUGGAGGAGCGGGGCAGUGCGCGGCCUCGCCUCACCUUCUUCCCACCACCCCAGAGCCGGCAGCUCAUCGGGCCUUGGUGCGGGUUUGGGGGGCCCUCACACCGGCUGGGGGACCCCACACGCUGUCCUGGGGCUGUGGGAACAGGUCCGCAGGGUAUGGAUCAGCCCUGCCCUGCAUCCUGCUCUGCGUGACAUGAAGCCCCCUCUCACCCACAGCAGCUCUGCAGACGUGGACCUGGACGAGGACAGCCCUUUGCUCAACAGCUCCCUGCCCAGCUCCACCCACCGCCCCAGCUGCAAUCCACAGCUGCUCCUGGAGAAGAAGAUAAAACACUUUGAAGAGGCCAAGAAGAAGACUGAACGUUUCUACAAACAUUUAAAGCAGCAGUUUUUGAAAGAGCAGGAGAGAAAGAUGGCAUGGAGGAAGAAGGCCUCUGAAAGGUUUGAAAAAUCACUGGAAGUGUUCAGUCGCAGAAGUGGGAAGUUAUCCACCCCUUCCGCCGGUGGUUUUUCUGUGACUGAAAGGACACCCUUGGAACACGCAGCUGCUCCGGAGGAAGAAGGGAUCAAGAGACACGUCUAGAGAGCUCCUCCUGCAGGCUGUCCCACCACUCUGGCCUGUGCCUUGCCAACCUACUCGAAUUUUCUGUUUGUCCAUUUAGAAAUCUCAUGCUUGAUCCUGGUACAGCAAUA